AGGACAAGAAGACGACAUGAGUUGGUUGGCAGGUCUCGCACUUGCUGCUGGUUCAGCGGUUUUGGGGCCGAUGGCCCUUGGCUUCACUUCUGCUGGGAUAGCAGCAGGCUCCGUCGCUGCAAGCAUGAUGUCAUCCUCAGCCAUUGCUAAUGGAGGAGGGGUGGCGGCAGGCAGCCUUGUGGCUGUCUUGCAGUCUGUUGGUGCGACUGGAUUGCCAGGCGCUGCCUCUGCAGUUGUGGCUGGCAUUGGAGGAACUAUAGCAGAAUUAAUUGCGGGAAACAACUGAGGCCAAACACGUUAGCCAAAUGGAUCCUACUUCAAAUUACAAUAUGUC